UUUAAAUAGCAGGAGGAGCAGAGAGCGGAACUAGCAGUCCGUGUCACUAUGUACGUCAAAAUGUUAUGAGUGUUUAAAUCCCGUGCGUGGAACUGUCGUUCAUUCAAACAGGUGUGCAUCUGCAAGAAAGGAAUGGAUCCGUUUGGUCUGCCAGAGGAACACUGUAUAGAAGUUAUUGAUUUCUUGGAUGGAGAGGAGCUGUACUUCCAAGACGAGGGGAAAUGCGAAGAUUACGAACCCGAUGCUUUGGAGCAGUGUCGUCGGGGGCUGUCCAGAAUGAUCCGGAAUAAUAAAGGACAGUACCUGGUGGCCAGUAAAGACUUGAUCCUGAAUUUUGAAGACCAGACCAGAAGACAGCUGGAUUGUGAUAAUGUCCUGUUCAUGAUUAAGCUGUACAAAAACACGGAAGGGGGCAGCUUCCCUGUGGCAAUUCAAAUUAAAAGUGGAGCAAAACUCAAAAGCUUGAAAUGUGAAGAAAAAGAAAACAAAAGAAAAGUUUUGCUGGUGGAAGGAGAAGCCCCAGGAUACAUAGAGAAUAACCGUCAUGAUAUGGUGUUCUAUAUGAAGGGAGUGGAAGAUAUUCAUGACAGAUACACGUUUCAGUCUGCCCUGUGGUCGGGCUGGUACCUGGCCUUUGAGCAGGAAGAUUCUCAAUACAAGCUGGUUUUGAAGUACAUGGAGGAUGAGGUGGAUGGUCACGUGGACGAAAACGUUCAUUUUGAACUUGAGUCGAAACAGAAUUAAAAAACGUCAUCCUUUUUCAAAGUGUGUUUGUCCAGCACAGUUCAAUGAAAAUCAAACUAAAUUAUUAUUAUUUAUUUUUUAAUCUUUAAAGGGACUACAACAUAAUUGGAGUGGAGUUCUAGUUAGGAGUGUGCAGUUUUGAAAGAAAUUUCUUAGUUUGUUUGCCUUUCCUUUGGGAAAUGGGUCACUGUUGCACUUCCUGUAGCUCUUCUUACCUCAGCAGUGUCUUCACAGCCACCUCAUUGGCUUUAAAGCAUGUCCGUCAAUAGGGGAUGCAGGUGGUUGGUUAACGAAUGGACAGAAGGCAUUAAAGGGGUGGGGACAAUUUCAGGGACGCUGUUCAGUCCCGGCACUUUAGGAUUCUCCAGGCAAACUCAAAGCCAGGGAAAGUCAGUUUCAGAGAAACAUUGAAAAAAAAAAAAAAAAAAAAAACUCAAUAUCGGGGGAAUUGUACCUAGAAACACUCGGAUUGAAAUAUAGCAUAAAAUACUAAGGGAGGUAAAAAAAAAAAAAUCAUUUAAAAAGACAUCUGCUCGACUCAAUAGACUGACAUAUUUCAAUCAUGGCAUAUAGUUCAACAGGUGCUUUACUGUUACAGUGUCAGACUGACAGAAACGUGGCACUUAUCAAAUACAUGCACUCUUAUCUGUGAUUGCUGUCUCCAGUGAACCAGCAUUCUCACCCAGGGUGAACAGAUGGGUUGUUUUUUACAGUUUCUUUGCAAACGUCGCUUGUCGUGUAUGAAGCUUGUGUGUCUUUCUAGAAUCCUUCUCAGUUGUUUAAAUGUGAUUGUGGAGAGGAUCUGUACUUGGGAAGCUUUAUUUCAUGUAUUUUUUUUUAAAAUGGUAUCAGUUUAAAAAGCUAUUCUGAAACUAUGCAACAAACUGUUUGCUGUUAAUGCUACACUUUAUAAUGCGUAUCUUUUUGUGUUUAGCAACCUCGUAGCCAGUUCUAAAAAUCUCAAAACAAAUCUCAAAACAUAGGGCAGCAGUGUGGAGUAGUGGUUAGGGCUCUGGACUCUUGACCGGAGGGUCGUGGGUUCAAUCCCCAGUGGGGGACACUGCUGUUGUACCCUUGAGCAAGGUACUUUACCUAGAUUGCUCCAGUAAAAAAACCAACUGUAUAAAUGGGGAAUUGUAUGUAAAAGUAUCUUGUAACAAUUGUAAGUCGCCCUGGAUAAGGGCGUCUGCUAAGAAAUAAAUAAUAAUAAUACUAAUUUGUGACCAAAGGGGAAAGGGCUCUGAUUAUUUGAUGUAUAUAUUUUUAAUAUAAAUAUAGAUUCAUGUUUACUGGAUAAUAGUUAUGUGAUUCAUGAUUAAAAUGUUUUCAGUGUACAGUAGAGGUAUAGUUAACAUUCCAUCACAUUAAGCUUCGUUUAAAAGGUACUUCAGUAACAGUUAUGCUGUGUUUUUUAUAUACUUCAUUAUACAGUUUUUUUUUUUUUUUUAAUGCAGUUGUCUUUAUUAUUAUUAUUAUAUUAUCAUCAUUCUGAGAUUGAUUAAAAUGUACUCCUCUA